UAUAUGAAAAGACGAGACUCAAAAUCCCACUACAUUUCUUGAAUCACAACUCCAAAUUUCCCAUAAUAUAAAAUAAUAAAAAAUAGACUAAAAUAAAAUGGCUUAUCGUCUGCUUCUUUUAUCUGCUCUUCUUCUCUUCUCCCUUGCUCAAGUGUUAUCAGACAUUGAAAAUGGAGAUGAAGAAGUUGCACUGGUGGUGAGAGGUACUAACAGAAGGCUUUUACCAUAUGUUGAUUGUGGAGGACUUUGCAAAGUGAGGUGCAGCUUACACUCAAGACCAAACGUGUGCAGCAGAGCGUGUGCCACGUGCUGUGUGAGGUGCAAGUGCGUGCCACCUGGCACUUCUGGCAACAGAGAACUCUGCGGAACUUGCUACACAGACAUGACCACCCAUGCUAAUAAGACCAAGUGUCCUUAAUUAAUCAUUUGUCUCAAAUUAAUUAAUUAGUGUGUCAACUUUUCAUGAAUGUGAGGAUGGAUGUACACCGUACACGUGUCCUGCUUUUUAAGCUCUGUUUCCCUCAAUUUUUGAGUCUUUUUUCUUUUCUUUUCUUUGCUUUGUAGUCCGAAUUACUAUUAUUUUAUUACUAA